UGGUGGAGCCAAGUCUUUGAGAGUAGGGGGUGAGUCAAGUCGCAAGAAGUAAAGCUCGCUUGCCUGAAACAGGGAUUCCGAACGCGGCCAAGAAAUUGGGGGCUCAGGACCCAUUGCUGCAGUGUGUUUUUAAACCCCAAGAAAUUUGGGAGCUCAUGUGCAAGAUCAUGAGGAUGUGGCAGAAGAGUGAGGUUAAAGGUCAAAAAUUGAAGCCGGCAGUGGAGAGCUUCUUGAAAGUGGACCCGGAUCUGGAAUCAAGCGAGCCGGAGGGCGAGAAGAAAAACCAGCGUUGGAAGAGGCUUGAUAGGGCAACUGCGAAAGAGCAAGAAAUGACGCUUCUGUAUCCUCGGGUGCAACUGCAGGGUAACAGAGUCCCCAUGGUUGCCGAGGACAUGUCGGCGCAACACUGGAUAACCAUAGGUAGUAUGCCUCCAGAGAAUGCCGUCCCUAUCCUCCUUGAGGUCAUUGCGAAUCAGAUCUCGCUCAAGGAGAUGGAGAAUAAGUUUCAGCUUGUCAAACAACUCGCCUAUGUCUGCAAGGCAUUCGCGGUGGGGGUGGGUGCUGGUGACUUCAAGGAGGUGGAGAAGGAGUUUCCUCUCCACACGAAGAAAAAGAUUUUAGAGAAGUUCGUUGGUGGCAUCAAAAGGGGUCAGACGAGUAUCCCCGCACUAGAUGGUCAUAUUAAACAGGCUUUGGAAUGGAAGAACAAGGAGAGGAGACCGCAAGCAAAGGAGGCUCUUUACACGUUCCAUUCGAAACCUCUCGUGGAACCGUUCGUCAACCGGACCGAGGUGACACACGAGAACGACUCAGCGGGAGUGAAAAUUAUCAAUGGCGACAUGCAGUUUUUAUCAAAGCUGCAGAAAGAGAAACUUCCGAUAUCUCUGACUAUUUUCGACUUCCGUUACGGCUUUGUGCACGAGGGACAUGCAUCUGAUCAUAAGCCGUUCCCAGAGUCGGACAUAGUUGCGAGAUUCUGUUCGGUGGACAUGCUUCCUUCCAUUCGCUCCGCAUUUCGAGAAGUUUGCAAUGCAGAGCAGGAGUUUUUGACGUGGUGCAAGCCUAAUGUAACGAAUCCCGGUGGGCCCCAACUUUGUCCUCUGCCCGUACCAGAAGCCAUAUACUUUGUACUCUGGCUUGUGAACAACUUUUCUCCCGCCGGGGCUUGCGCUCUGGAUGGUUUCUCCGGUUCCGGUACAGGCGCCAUAGCGUGCGUCAAGGCGAAUCGGAAUUGUUUCGUGGUGGAGAUAAAUACCAAGUGCGCUAAGGGCAUCACCACGAGGCUUUUGACAGACGUCAGCGAUACACUUGGGCGUGAAACGCUAAAGCGGAAACAAAAGGUAACGCAAGGCAGCCCAACCUCUGAGUUGUCUGGGGAUGCGAUUUCUGUUGAAAAUGAGCUCGUGGCCAACGAAGACACGGGCACAGCUGCUGGAGUGGCGGAAAGCGUCGGGCGGGGCGCACCUGUCGGGUACCAUGGGGCUGCCUUGGGAGACACUGAAUUGCCAACCUCACUCGUUGGCGGGCCGUCAGGUGCGACUUUGUCCACUGUUGAGGCUGUUGCCGGCCCGACCGGUGUGCCGGAAACUGCUUCUUGGCCGUCUGUUGAGCUCGCUCCCGGACCGGCCGGUGUGCAGCCAACUGCUUCUGGUGUGCCUCUUCCCAGUGAGGUUAGACCCGUUGUUGGAGGGCCCGACAUUCUGGCCCUCCACAAGUGUGUCGGAUUUGCCGCAUCGGGUUUGAUGUUCCAGCCUGAGGGGUAAAAGGUACCCCAUUAGUGCAAUCUAAUGGGACCGCAGUCCAACCCGAUCUGCUUCAUGGUAAGGGGCUGCGUUGUGGGGCAGAGAAUAGUUUAGUGCACAUAUUAGCCUUGAUAAUAAAAAUAAAUAAAUAAAUAAUAAUAAUAAAUGUGGUCGGCCUAU